AACUUGGUGUGUUGUUGUUAGGGAUUGUAUGCUUUCACGUUUUGAUAGGCGAUCCUUGCUGAGACAGCUGAGGCAACUUCUGGUAACUGGCAUCAAUAGAGCAGCAUAAAGUUUAGAUCUGGGCAGUGUAUAUUAAAAUAAGAAAACGUCGGACCGCGUUUACCACUUGCGAAAGAAAGGAAGGAAAAGACUGCUUGCUAUACUCACUUUGGACCUCUCGGGAGACAUUUUAUCAUAACCUCCUGCUUGAAUAUAUGGGCAUUGUUUCUCGUCCUUUGAUACACAUCUUUAGUGAAACCGUCGUAAUAACCCUCCAACUUCUCAAUGCCUCAAGGAAUAGGUGCUGUCAAAAGGUUUCAAUCAUCACCUGGCUUGCCAAUACACUAGAAACGUGGCUGCAUUGCUGAAUUUACCGGCGCACAGAAGCUGCAUAGUUAUCACAGAGGGCCCCCCUAUUCACUCCACCCCUGCGAUAUGAGCAGAGGUAGAGGAGGGCCUUCCAAAGAACAAUACAGUAGACCUCUGACGGCCCACCUCAAGGCCAAGCAAUAUUCCUCCUCGACUGAUCCAUCCACCCCUCACCCAAGGGUCCCGCCUCCUUUGCAGGUCCCCCGUACUAAUGACUUCUCCUGCUCCGGUUACCCUGUAGGACCUUUUGGAUCCCCAGAACAUUCUCGUUUUUCUUUGACCCCAACCGUGCCCUACAACAAUCAAGUCUCCUCUGUGAAAGUAGGGGACCCUACUGCAUCAUUUAAUCAGAACCUGAGGCCCAGACCUGAACCAAACAGCUUUCUGUACCUUCAGGCAAAAUUCUUAAGGGGACAAAGCUCCGAGGCACCACAGUUUAGAGGCAGUCCCAGGCAACAAGGCUGGACACCUAACAACAGGGCAUCUUUUGCCCCCCACCAGCCAGUGUACGGUCGAUACCCCCGCAGCAGUCCUCGAGGGAGGGGCAACAACCGUUGGAACCAGGGAUUUGCUAACUCCUCUGUUGACGGAGCCACCAGAACACCCUCAGUUUCUCAAUACUGGAACCACAACCAGACCCACACUGCCACAUAUAGCCAGCACUCCAACAGACACUGGGGCACCCAAUCAGACUCUCUAGCUGAAGGUUUCCAGGAUCUAUCCCUUCACAACGACCGGUCGAAUACAAGUUUGUGCAGUUUUGAUAGCACAUCCCCGUCGGGCACCUCAAUCAGCAAUAGCUGCAGUAAAGUUAAUCUCACCGUUACGUCAGACAUCCAGGAGUUGCUCCUUAGCGCAUUGGCUGCACUGAGUCCCAGUGAGAGCAUCGCCGCAAGACCCCUGGCCAAAAGGCUUAAGCUGCCCAAGAAGAUAGUCAACUCUGUUCUUUACUCUCUGGAGGGUUUAGGAAAAGCGUUCAAAAAAGGAACAACCCCUCCACUGUGGUCGCUGUACAGAGAACUCGGUGGAGCGCUGGUCCUCGUCAACGACAAGCGGGGAGGCCAUCUCGCCCAGCAGUGGAAUUGUUCAGAACGUUCUCUUCAACCAACAAUUCAACUUGAACAAAAUGUAGAGACCAUAGAAGCCCUUGAAGAACCAGAAGAACGCUGUUCUGUCAGAGAAGACUGCUCUGACGCAGAAUCCACUUCUUCCUGCUGCUCCUCCUUCGAGUCCUCUGACUCUGACCAUAACAACACUCCCACUGUCAGCUCCUCUCUCCAGGAAGUGCAUCCUCCAGCGAUGGCCAACCAAAAGGACCAAAUCUUCCGAUACCUACUUCAGAACCCCGAUGCGUCAGCUCUUGUCAUCGCCAAGAAUGUGGGCCUCAAAACCGCCCAGCAGAUCCACUCCACCCUGCACAACAUGGAGAAGCAGGGUGAGCUCAAAAAGAACAGCGGGGUCAACCCGCCCACCUGGGAGCUGUCCAACCGCCGCCGGGAGAAGAUGGAGAGGAGCCUCAAGGCCUCACAGUGCGCCCCCCCGGCCGAGCAGCUCAUGGAGGUGGGAGACGCAGCGGGCAAGGGAGCCACCACAGCCAUGUUACUUCCUCCUCCUGCACAAGGCCUCGAACCCAGUCCGUUACAGGAGAGCUGGCAGCCUCUCCAGGGCAUGAAGGAGGAGGCAGGGAGGCUUGCCAUCGGCAGCGCAGGUUUUCCCUCGGCUGAGGACCAGUCCAUGGGCCGGCCCCCAGACGUCGUUGUGAAGCCGGACCCGGAGCAAGAGAGGCCCCCUGCUCCCGCUGCGGCCACGCCCUUCCACCCUCGGGAAGACGAGGCCAACGGGGAGCAGUGGGCCACCGACGAGAUACCAGAGUUUCUCAACGCUAUCCGGCGGCAGACCGACGCCCACAAGCGCACCGGAGACGGCGCCGACAACAUGGGGACGGUGGCGGUGUCACUAGCCGCCCCGCCGCCCCAGAACCAGUGGGCCAAGCUGCAGGAGGUGCGGCUCAAGAACCCGGUGAGCGGCCUCAUGGAGUACGCCCAGUACCUCGGCCAGUCCUGUGAGUUUGUGCUCCUUGACCAAUCGGGUCCCUCGCACGACCCCAGGUUCCGCAUGCAGGUGAUUCUGGACGGACGGUCGUUCCCCGUCGCCGAGGCGUCCAGCAAGAAAGUGGCCAAGAAGGACGCGGCGGCCGCCACCCUGCGCAGCCUGAUCGGGGAGGGGCAGGGCGGGGCGUGCACCGGGGAGGACCGCACGCCGGCACCCCUGGACCAGGUCAUGGACCCCGUCCCCGACACUACCGCACCGGUCGGGGGCAUGGACGAGGCGUUUGGGACGGUUGGCGAGGAAGGGACGGGGUUGGUAGAGGGCCCUCGCCAGCCCCUGUCCCGCUCUCUCCCGGGCGGGAAGAACCCGGUGUCGGUGCUGAUGGAGUUCAGCCAGCGCACCGGAAGCUCCAUCGAGUUCAUCAACACCGGCCAGGAAGGCCCGCCGCACGACCCACGGUUCAUGUACCGAGUGAAGGUCGGGGAGGGCCUGUGUGCCGAGGCCUCCGCCCCAAGUAAGAAGGCAGCCCGUCAGCUCGCCGCCGAGGAGGCUGUAAAGGAGCUGAUGGCAGACGGGAGGCUGCAGCUCAACAAGCCCCAGUUGCCGCUGGGCUCCGGGGACAGCGAGGAAGGCGGCUCCGGGUCGACCUGCCCCUCGCUGCCCCCCCUGACGGCGGACGAACUGCGGGCGGCCCACGAGGCCGGGGUGGGCGACCUCAUCAACCACCUCAACAAUAACGCUGUGUCCGGGCUGCUGGAGUACGCCCGGGCCCGCGGCUUCGCUGCCGAGAUCCGCCUGGUGGGCCAGACCGGGCCGCCCCACGAGCCCAAGUUCACCUACCAGGCCAAGCUGGGCGGCCGCUGGUUCCCCCCGGUCUGCGCGUCCAAUAAGAAGCAGGGCAAGCAGGAGGCAGCGGACGCUGCUCUGAGGGUUCUGAUCGGAGAGGCGGAGAGGGCGGCCCGCACGGGGGAGCUGAUACCUGCAGAGCUCCCUGUCAGUGGCAGCACGUUGCAUGACCAGAUCGCCAUGUUGAGCCACCAGCGCUUCAACGCGCUCACCACGCGCAUCCAGCACAGCCUCCUGGGCCGCAAGAUCCUGGCCACCAUCGUGAUGCGGCGCGGGGAGGGGCUGGGCACGGUCGUCAGCCUGGGCACUGGGAAUCGGUGUGUUAAAGGGGAGGAGCUGAGCCUUAAAGGGGACACGGUUAAUGACUGCCACGCCGAAAUCAUUUCCAGAAGGGGAUUUCUUCGCUUCCUGUACAGCGAGCUGCUCAAGUACCACGAGGGAGACGAGGGCAGCAUCUUCGAGGCGGCCGAGGAGAACCGACUGAGGGUCAAAUCUGACAUCACCUUUCACCUCUACAUCAGCACGGCGCCCUGUGGGGACGGGGCCCUGUUUGACAAGUCCUGCAGUGAGACGGGGGACGAGGUGGAAGGCCACCAUCCUCUGUUUGAGAACUCCAAGCAGGGCAAGCUCCGCACCAAAGUGGAGAAUGGCGAGGGCACCAUCCCAGUGGAGUCCAGCGCCAUCGUGCCCACCUGGGACGGCAUCCAGCACGGGGAGCGCCUCCGCACCAUGAGCUGCAGCGACAAGAUCCUGCGCUGGAACGUAGUGGGCCUGCAGGGGGCGCUACUCAGCCACUUCCUGCACCCCAUCUACCUCAAGUCCAUCACACUAGGCUAUCUGUACAGCCACGGCCACCUGACCCGGGCCGUGUGCUGCCGACUGGCCAGGGACGGGGAGGGCUUUUCCAAGAGUCUUCCUUCUCCCUUCAGACUCAACCACCCCGAGGUGGGCCGGGUGAGUGUGUACGACUCCACGCGGCACACGGGGAAGACCAAGGAGUCCAGCGUGAACUGGAGCUUCCCGGACCAGCUGAGCGUGGAGGUGUUGGACGGGACCAAGGGGAUACUGGAUGGGCCGAGAGACGACGUGUCCCGGGUGUCCAAGUCCAAUCUAUUCCGCCAGUUCCGCCUGGUGUGCGAGCUGUGCGGCCGGCAGGACCUGCUCGCACUGCCCUCCUACUCCCAGGCCAAGGUGUCGGCGCUGACCUUCCAGCUGGCCAAGCAGAACUUCUUCCAGGCCCUGCACGUCCACGGCUAUGGGGCGUGGAUUGGCAAGCCGCUGGAGGAGAAGAGCUUUGAGUCGGCAGAGUCGGUGUUCAUCCUAGGGGGAGGAGGGCCCGCUGUGGUCUAUGGGGGAACCACCUCCACCACCACCUCCACCAACAACAGCAGCAGUAUCAGCAGCAACAACAACGGAGGGAUGUGUGAGAUAAAGCCAGAACAGGCAUAAGGGGUGGGGAGGAGGAGAACAUGAGGAGGUGGUGUCGGAGAAGGUGGUGACAGGAGAGGGCUGGACAGAUGGUGGAGGAGAGAAGUUCAACUGUCCCGCCUUGUCGGUUGAUGGUGUAUAGUCUCGAUAAGUGGCAUUGGGGAUGGCAGUCAGGGUGUUGGGUUUACAGAGGUGAAGCCCCAUGGCAGGUGGUGUAAGAGCAACAGGAUAACUAAUCAAAAAUCAAAGCCUUUUGAAUCCCCCAACUAAGAAUUGUGGUCUGUAUUGUGUGUGUGUGUGUGUGCAACUCAGAUUGAUUUAAUGAGUCAAAAGGCCAAGUCUACAUGUACAGAGGAAGCAUGCUGAUGGCCACUUCGUCUCAUUUAACAUGAUGAUUUACUGGAGCUUCUCACGCCCUUCAUGUGUGGAGCGUUGGUUUGUGGUGCGUCGGUUCGGACUGUGCCUCCACCCUGCCUACCCUCCGAUCAACCAGCUCUGUACAACUAGCCCCCAUGCAAUCAUAUAUCUGUAUGACUACUAUCGUACUGUGUGUGCCCCGCUCCCUCCAUUGGUCGACGUGCCCCUCCCAACCACACCUCACAUUCCCCUGCUCCCUGGAGCCAGGGUCCAUAGCACCAUGAGCGAGUCGCUCUGUUAUCUGUGUUCGCGUCCAUUUUAUUUCCCCCUUGGUAUCAGAAGGUUUGUGCCGUUUCUUUGGUCCCCAUGUUCUGGUUGUUUUGCCCAGUCGGAUUGUAUUUCUAAAUGUUUUACGUGUGUGUGACGCUACCAGACAAAAGAUGAACACUCACUUUUUACGCUCCAUGAUUUGACGAGUUCACGACGAACACAUGGUACAGCGAAGUAGCUUUAUUAGUCGUGUUUUAUUUUUUAUGUCAACAAGUGGAUGAUGCGAUAUAUACAUCAUUUACAUACAAAUACAUGAACACACAGAUGUAUAUGCAACGAGGGACAGUUGGUCCUGCAUAUAUGUCUGUGUGUGUAUGUAUAUGUAUAUAUUUAAUGUAUAUAUUUUGUAAAUCUUGAAAUUGAUUUUUCUAUUUUCUUUUAAAAUGUUUAAUAAUCACAAUGGAUCAGCUGUUUUUACAAAUUGAGUGUACAAAGUUUCAAAAUAAAAAAUACAACCAUGUUCAAAUGA